CUUGGAAAAUGUGAAAUGAUCCAUUCCCUCGAAAAGUUGCACUCCAUCAAACGUCAAAGAUAGUGAUUAUGACUAAAACCGUACAGAGCAAGCAAGCUUCCCAAAACGGCAAAACCUUCUUAACCCACCACAGUCCCUCAUUUCUGCUGAGAAGAAAGGAAGAAGAUGCGUCCCGAGGCACUAGUGUGUGAAGAAUGCGCCUGCAGGUGUGUUUUGUUGCACGGAAACGAGAAGAAAAAAUCGUCACUUUUUCCUCCUUCUUUCUUCAAGAUCAUGUUUGACUCGAACUUUUCCACUAUUAUGUAUCUUCCUGACAAGUUUAAACCUGCUGUAGCUGCCUCCGUUAAUAAGAAAAUCAUUCUUGAUGACAAAAGUGGGGAGAGAUGGAAAGUAACUUUAUCCGAAGCCGGUAGUCACUUGGCUUUCAAGGAAGGAUGGAAUAAGUUUUCGUCGGACCAUGGACUUGAACGUGGAGAUAUUCUGGUAUUCCAUCAUGUUACUGAUGUGCACUUUUAUGUUACAAUCUAUGAUAAAUAUGCUUGUGAAAAGCUUUGUUGUUCGAAUACGAGAAAUAAGACAAAACGUAGAAGGGACAGUAGUGUCUCUCCAGUUAGAGAUGUCAUGUUGGCUACACCAGAUCAAAAUGCGUCGGUUGUUUCUGAGCCAGAUGCUAAAAAGACAAAUAGUCAGAACAAAGUGGUUGGUGUAGGAGGAACACCAAAUAAUGUAGAGAAUAUUUCAAAACAUGAUAAGAGCAAUGGAAGUGUCAAAUCUACGAGAAUGACAGAAAACUAUGACAACACUGCGAAAAUUACAGCCAGAGAAUCAAGAGUUUCUCCUGUCAACUACAAAUUGUGCAUGAAUCCAGUCGAUGCAAUUCUAUGCGACAACUCUCCUUCAUUUGAAGAGAGAUUCAGAGGAGCUGCUGCAUUUUUGUCAGAAGCUGAACUAUCUGGAAAAAGGGAUUCUAUUAGAAAUACUGACAGAAGCAGAUACGACAAUACUUCUACUUGCAAACUUGGAGAAAGAAAAGAGAAGAAUGUUUUGAAAAGGGAAGUUAGAGAGUUCCAAUAUACUGAGGACUUAGAAGGUGAUAAUAAGGUGGCAAUGUCCAAGAAAGAACAUGGCUUUCAUAUUGAUGGAUGUCUCAACACCAAACCAAUGUUUAAUGCCACACCGAAUAUCUCAGAUGCUACUCGACUCAAAAGUGAUCCUAUGGCAACGUCCAAGGGAAAACAUGGAUUGCAAAUUGAUGGAUGCCCCAAUACCAAACAUAUUGUCAAUAAUGGCAUACCAAGGGUCUCAAGUGCUAUUCAAAACGGCAAAAUCUUAAAAAAGAUUAAGAGCGAGCAGGCAGACAGGAAUCCCAGUGAGGAGUGCACUUUUAAGGACAAAGUGUGUGCAAAAGGUGAAAUGCCCAAAAGGAUUAAAAAAGAGCCGCGUAUGGAUAUGACUUACAACGUGUCCAGAUUCAAGGAUGAAUUCGAAGCCAGAGGUAUUGAAGUUCCCAAAGGCUUGCCAAAGGUUAUCAAGAAAGAGUUUGAGAAGAGUUCACACAAGACUGAACAAAAUGAUGAUAACGAUGAUGACAGUGAUAACAUUCAAUUGGCAGAAGUUGUGCGCUGCGUGGUGCCCGAUCAUAAUGAUAAAUUUCUUGAAUUGCCUACAAACUUGCAUCAGUGCCGGAACUACAAAAAUAACAGGAUGGUGGUGAUCCUGCGAGAUCCGCAGAGGAGACUAUGGCCGGUUCUUUACCAUGAUCUUCAUGAUAAAAAAAUGCAUGGUACAAAAGCCUUUUAUCUGAUAAAAGGGUGGUCACAAUUUUACAGAGCCAAUAAUGUUCAACCAGGAGAUUUGUGUACUUUUGAACUUAAGGAGGAGGCUAAACACAUCUUCAAUGUAGAUAUAAACCACAAUUAAUGAUGGUAGAAAAAUAUUACAUAUAUUUUGGUUAUAUGUCUUAUGCUGUGAUGGCUUUGUAUUAAUGAACUUUCUUCACUUGUGUUUUUCUA